GUAGGGUGGAAGGACUAGAAGGUCAGAGCGGCAUUAGGUGGAAGAUAGAAGGUGCACCUUAGUCUUCUCUUAUUUAAAAAAAAAAAAAAAAGGGAAGAAGUGAGAGAAGAAAUUAGAGCAGGAUUGGAUGGAGCUCCAUUUUGUUUGCUCCUCAUUGGAUCCAGAACAUUUUUGUCAUCUUGGAAGUAUAUCAAGUGGAUGUGAAUGAAGCAAAGUGACAAAUGGACGAUUUCAAAGCAACUUUGUAAGAGAACUACAAGACUUUUUAUUUAAUCUGUGAGGAUUUCACUCACAGUCAGAAAUCAUUUAAAAACUUCCCCCUGAUAAUGGCCUAUAAUCAAGAUUAAACUCGGGAAAAGACAAACAAGAAGCAAUUUUUGUCAAUACGUGAUCGAGGCGAGCAUGGCCAUCAAUACGGACAACGACUUCCUCAAGUCCAACCUUGGAGAGGGUGGUGGAGGAAGAGGAGAAGGUGGCGCUCAGCUGGCUGACUUCCAGGAGACUGAGAAGCUGCUGGCCGUCACCAGUGAGCCCGCGGGCCAUGGGCUCAAGAUGUCUUCGUCUUUCUCCGUCAACAUGGACCACAACCAGACCAAGGGGCUGGAGGCGGAUCUCAACGGCCACGAGCUGAACGUGAGAUCAGGCUCCGCGGGGCAGCUAGACGUCGCCACGCCCCUCUCCCCGUCCAAAGUCAGCCUGAGCCGCUCGUCCACCGGAAACGCCGCGGUGCAGGAGAGCCCCAAGCCCCGAGACUACCUGAUCCUCGUCAUCAUCUCCUGUUUCUUCCCUGUGUGGCCCGUCAGCAUCGUGGCCCUCGUCUACUCCAUCAUGUCUAGAAACAGUCUCCAGGCGGGGGACGUGGACGGGGCCAGACGGCUGGGUCGACUUGCUCGUCUACUCAGCAUCGUCUCCAUCGUGCUGGGUGUGGUCGCCAUCGUUGUGUUUGUCUCGCUUUCAGCAAUCAACUGACACGGACGACCUGAAGGGAAAAAUAAAACAGCCGUGAAGGCCAUACCACGGAUGCAACAAAAAAGCCCAUUCCAAUAAAAAAAAAAUCUAUAUCUACAAAAUACGAUCCUCUCUUGUACCUCUCUACUUCUACCCUAUUGUAAUUAUGCCAUCCUGAAUUUCAGAAAGCAAACGCUCCUGAGGUUGGUAUUGCCGCAGACAGGAAUCCCAAAUGCAUGCAUUACACUCCACUAACAUUUGCUUGACCAAAAAAAAUGUGUGAAAGAAUGAUCAAAUCCUGAUGCAACGUUGAAAGAUUUUGAUAUGUACGGAUUUGCAAAGGAUUUUGGAAUAAACGAAUGAAGAGGAUGACUGAGCACGGACGACUUUUUCUACAGCAGUGACGGGAUGCUUGAACACUUUUUCAGUUUGGACUUCCACAUUUGGACAGCUCCCAUAUAAUCCUCAUAUAUUUGCUGCUGCGUCGAAGGCCGAUAGAACUGAAAUGUGGAUACUUUUGAAGAUGUCCAUUUUUGUAAUGUCAAGCUGGGAGAGUGAAAGAACGCGGAAGAGGACACAUUUGGAACGUUUUAUUUUUCUUUCACCAUUUUUUUUCAACAGUGAGAAUAUUUGCAUGCCUCAACAGGGAAGUGGAAAUUCUGCCUGUGUAUUAUUGACUGUUUUCCCAGUUUUCCAGUCCAAAAGAAUGAAUAGUAAUAUGAACAAGGUGAGUGCAGCUGACUGAAUUGUAACCCAAACCCGUCCACCUUAAUCUUUGCAAAAUGUUAAUGAAAUAUUACAUUAUGCUGCUUUGUACUAGCAAACACACCAAUGCACCACACUCCGAAUCCCCCAGCACACUACGGUUGUGCCCAUUUUGAAUCUUUUGCUCCAGUUGUUCACCUUGUGCCCUUAAUCUGUUUACGAUCUUUCUACUUGUCUUCCGUCAUCACCGCUACAUCACGAUUGUUGUUAUAAUUGUUUCAUCAAAUGUUUUACCUGAUCCUUGUAUUGGUAUGAAAUGUAUUUAUAAGGGGAAAUAUAUGCAAUAUUUAUGCAUGUUGUAUACAUUUUUUUGUAAGAGACAGUUUUGUGGUUUAUUUAAAGUUUAAAAUCCCAAUUUAACAGAUAAUGUGUAGUACACUGUGAACACACACACACAAGGCUGCCACACUGACAUAGCAAAUACAAGCAUAGGCUCAAACUUUGGUCCCCAAAGAUUGUUCAUUCACAUUUUCUGCAGGAAUAAUAAUGUCAGAUGCUUACAAAUCAUGUUUAUAAAACUAUGCAACUCAUUCCAGACAGACAAUGUUCAACAUCUUCACUUUCUGGCUACAUGACUACUUACAGCUUAUUUUCUUCAAAACAAUCAUAAGCAGCCAAUCCAAUGAUUGCCUUU